CAGAGGUCAGAAUGGAGUGCAGUCUGCUGUGCUGUGAGACCGAGAAGGAGCUAAGAGCCCAGGCUGAUCCUGUUCUGCUUCAGAGCCGGGUGCUGAAGAGGCUACUGACCUCCCAGGACAGGUACCUGGCCUCCCCCACUUACUUCCAGUGUGUACAGAAGGAGAUCUACCCAUACAUGAGGAAGAUGCUGACCAGCUGGAUGCUAGAGGUAUGUGAAGACCAGCGAUGCGGGGAGGAGGUGUUCCCCCUGGCCGUCAACUGCUUGGACAGGUUUCUGUCUGUGGUGCCUGUAGAGAAGAGGAGUCUUCAGCUCGUGGGCGCCACCUGUCUGCUCAUCGCCUCUAAACUGAAGGAGUCCCAACCAAUAACCAUUGAAAACCUCUGCAUGUAUUCCGACUUCUCCUUCACCGACAGUGAGAUGCGGGCAAUGGAACUGCUUGUCUUGAACAAGUUAAAAUGGGACAUAGAAGCAGUGACCCCCAGAGACUUUCUCCCGCACUUCUUAGAGCUGCUCGGUCUGUCAGCAGACAAGAGACAACAGGUCAGGAAGCACGCCGAAACCUUCAUUGCUCUCUGCACUACAGAUUGUACAUUCAUUGCACUACCAGCUUCUAUGGUGGCCGCUGCCAGCGUGGCAGCUGCAGUCACAGGCCUGCGACCUGAGAACCUGGGCCUGGCUUGCUCCAGUCUGGUGGCCACGAACUACCUUGCCAAAGCCAUCCGCUGCGAUCCGAAUAUCCUGAGAAUGUGCCAAGAACAGAUAGAACUAUCUUUGGAAUCCAACCUGCGACAAGCUGGAAGUGACAGAACCCCAGACUCCAAGGCCGUAGAGGAGAUCGAGCGGGCCAGCACCCCCAUCGAUGUUCUCGACUUCGAGCUGUAGCCGCACUUGCCUGUUGAGUUUUUUUCAAUAACUCAUACUUUGUAUGAACAGGGUCGGGCCGCUUAAACUUUUCGUGAGCCAAAGGUCCUUUAUGAUUGCUGUGCAAAAAAUUUGCCAAUUACCCAGAAUUGACAAAGGGGGGUCCAUUACUUUGUAAGUUGUAAUAGUUACAGGCAGUUAUCCAAUAGUCAUGCGCAGAUCCAAAAAGAAUGGCGCAUAGUACUAUAAAAGUCCAUUGGUCUGGCAUCCGAUAGUCCAGUAUCGAGCCUGGUCAAGCUUCCGAAUUAUUUUUAGAAUGAUGGCCAUGAAGACCAAUGCAGCUCGCCCCCAUUUACUUUAAUGGGGAUGAACUGCAGUUUUUUAUGCCGCUCCUGAACCAGAGCAGUAAUGCGCAGUGGGAAUGACAAAUGGCCUUAGCCCCUUUAUUCUUGUGAACAGUGGGGGUCCCAUCGAUGACUUGCUACAGCUGGAAUAGCUUAUCCUCUAAGUUAUCCCUUCCUAUCAUCCAGCAGGUUCCUGAAUGGCAGAUUCUAGAAGGAUAUGCUCUUCAGUUGAUGACCAAGUUAUCUAUGAAGAUGGUGCUCUUCGAGUAAGGAACAUAGCACUUUUCUAUGUACAUUCUAUAUUUAGGAUACAAAAGGUGCUUCUAUACGCCAAACGAGACCUCCCCAGACCUCUGAACAUGUCCUGAUUGGGGAGAAUAGUAGAACAGUUUUAUUUUUUUUAAUUAUUUAUUUAUUUUUUUGUUGUUGCUUAUCAUCUGAUUAAAGGGCUACUCCGGCGCUAAGACAUCUUAUCCCCUAUCCAAAGGAUAGGGCAUAAGAUGCCUGAUCGUGGGGACCCCCAUGAUCUUGCACGCAGCACCCCGUUACAAUCAGUCCCCAGAGCAUGUUCGCUCUGGCUCUGAUUACUGGCGAUCACAGGGCCGGAGCAUUGU